AUAGAGAUUCCAAGUUGUUGAGGGUUUGUGAAGAGUGGUGGAGAACAAGAAGAAAAUGCCGUGCCUUAACAUUUCAACUAACGUCAAUUUGGAAGGUGUUGAUACUUCAUCUGUACUUUCUGAAGCUACUUCUAUUGUUGCCAAAAUCAUUGGCAAACCUGAAGCUUAUGUCAUGAUUGUGUUGAAGGGAUCUGUUCCCAUGUCUUUUGGGGGUACAGAACAACCCGCUGCCUAUGCUGAGUUGGUCUCAAUUGGGGGCUUAAAUGCUGAUGUUAACAAGAAACUCAGCGCUGCAAUUGCUGAAACACUUGAGACCAAAUUGUCUGUCCCCAAAUCUCGAUUUUUCCUGAAAUUCUAUGAUGCUAAGGGUUCCUUCUUUGGCUGGAAUGGAGAUACCUUCUGAGUUUCUAUUUCAUUUCACAAUUGGCUAUCUUUGAGCCACGUAUGAACUGUAUUUAUGUGCUUGGAUCUGUAUCUUCUAAGUAACUGGUAUUGUAUCUUUCUUGGUAGUACUUGGAAUGAUGAAUGUCUGGUCCUUUUGAAUGAUGGAAUUAUCCUGCUUAGGCCCUUGAUGUGAUCUUGGAAACAUAGUCUUGAAUAGGAGGUUUGAGCUAUUAGCACUCUUAUGCAAUGACAUGAUAUCAUUAAAGGAAUAAGUUGCAUUCUUGGAACUAAA